AUGGUGGUGGCGGCAGAGGCAGGCGUGCAUCCUCCGCCUACAGAGAGCGACACCGGUACCAACGUCAGCAACAAUGACGAUAGCAGCACGGGUCAGCCGCCGUCCGGAGGGGAGGAUAAGCUACUCCUGGCAAUGUGCCGGACCAUCAGGAAGGAGACGGGGUGGCAGGAGAGGACGCUGCGGCAAGCCUGCGACUGGGCCACAGGUGGCUAUAUGUUGUGA